UUUUAUGGGCACAGCAACACAAUGUAUUUUAUAGUACAAUAUUUUGUUAAAUUCCUGCAAUUUUGUCAGGCAACAUGUAUAUGUCCAGCUUGUCUAUUUUUGGUGGGUGCUAUUACAACAAGUGAUCUGAAAUGAGUUUUUUUCUAUGCAACGCUCAGAUGUGUAAAGUAAAAUUCAGAGACUAUAACCAAAAUCCUAUCAAUUUUUAUCAAAAUCAAAAGACCAUACGUUAAGCUAUUUCCAUAAGUUGCAGGUGAUGAACGGUAUAAGUUAAGAGCUCAAAUUGUCCUAACACCACCAUGAUCAUAGCCAGCCAUAAUGAGUCUCAGCAUAUGAACUGUAGGAAAAUGACAGCACCAAGCAUACAUUAAAAAUUGGGUUUCAUUUCCAGUUUCAAUCAAUUUCUGGUCCCUUUUUAUCCUAUUUUUCAAACAAUGUGCAUCAUCUAAUGAGGUAGGGGCCAUAAUAACUUCCUACCUCCCAAUUUAAAUGCUGCAAUUACGCUCAAAAUUCCUUCCCCAUUAUAAUUCCAGACAAAAUUAUAUUCCCUAAGCAUUUUUAGAAUAACCAGUUAGGACAAUGAUUAGGUCUGCUCAUUUAUUGUGUUAAAAUGGAUCAUUCACUGAUUCCAAGAUCCCAUUUGCUGCACACAUGUCUUAGGACCUGCUGCACAGCCAUUACUACAUGCCAUUGCCACCAUUUCUCCUUCAUUCAAUACCCACACUUUGCAUCUAACCUCAACACACUCUUAUUACAUCGAUCUUCCCUGCCCUUUUGCAUCUCGUAUCACUACUACAGCUUCUUGCUACCCCGAGAAUCUGAAGUUUCGUGUCGCUGCAGACAUAAAGAUGAGUGGCGACACUAGCACAACGAAACAGAAGCAGGUUAAAGAAACGUUUCACGAUACCAAGACAUUCUUUCACAGAGCUUUCAGAAAUGUAAGGUCCUUACUUCUAAGAGGGUACGCGAAGCUGCCUACAAAUGCUUUCGCUAAUCCCAUCUUCUCCGGUAGCAGCAAGAUCGGCCCCAAGUUGCAGGAGACCGACAGUUCGUGCAAAAGUUCCUCUCAACACUGGGAUCCCAGUGAGGUGGCGAGUAGGAGAGAUGCCCUACUUGCACUGAAGGGGCAACCAAAUGGAGAACAAGGCUCCAUGAGUGUUCGUCGAUCAGCUGACCAGAAGGCAAGAGCACGCCUUCAAGGGAAGGUGCAAGAGUCUAGUUUCUUGGCAACGGAGGACUUUGCAAAGAAGAUGGAAGAAUUGGAAAUGAUGGAUGAGAGUGACGGGAAUCAUGUGCAGGACAUAGAUGAAGUUGUUCAUUGCUACUCCCUCCUCACCAGCCCGACUUAUUUAGAUAUUGUUGACAAAUUCUCCAAAAAUGUCUACCAGGAACUCAAUCUUCCCCAGCCAUCAAGAAAUAUCAACAACUCAAUGAAGAAACUCAACUCAGCAACAAGCAUUCACGGUUCGAUGAGGAAGUUAGGUUCAGCCAGUGUUCACAGUCCUAUGAGGAGACUGAGUUGCUCAACCAGUGUCCACACUUUAGUGGGAAAAGUAGGUUCAGACAAUGCUCACGGUUCAAUGAGGAAACAGAGUUCAACCAAUGUUCACAACUCAAUGAGAAAAUUGGGUCCAGAGAACAAUCAUGGUUUGGUGAGGAGAUUGAGUUCGGACAGUGCUCAUGGUUCAAUGAGGAAAUUGGGUUGCAAUAGCAUUCAUGGUUCAAUAAGAAGAUCGGGCUCAGACAAUGUUCAUGGGUCAAUGAGGAAAUUGGAUUCAGAUCGCAUUCACAAGUCAAUGAUGAAACUGGGUCCAGAGAGCACCCAUGGUUCCAUGAGAAAACUGGGUUCAGAGAGCAUCCACGUUUCCAUGAGGAAACUGGGUUCGGAAAGCAUUCAUGGCUCCAUGAGGAAACUGGGUUCAGAGAGCAUCCACGGUUCCAUGAGGAAACUGGGUUCGGAAAGCAUUCAUGGCUCCAUGAGGAAACUGGGUUCAGAGAGCAUCCACAGUUCCAUGAGAAAACUGGGUUCGGAAAGCAUUCAUGGUUCGAUGAGGAAACUGGGCUCAGAGAGCAUCCAUGGUUCCAUGAGGAAACUGAGAUCAGACAGUAUUCGCAGUUCAAUGAGGUGUCUGCCCUCUUAAGCUAUAUGUAGAUUGAAACCGCCUCUACUAUACCAUGUUACUUUUAUCGCAUCUCGAUGUUCGUUCAUUGCAAAAAGCAAGCACCAUCUUC